GGAAAUUUGAUCUGUCUAAAAGUAAAAGUGUUACUCUAAGUUAUGAGGAAAGUCUUCAACUUAAGGGAUUAAUUGAGAUUGGUGGAGUCUAUGAUGUUACCUUUCAUCAACAGGGGGUAAGUCAAAUUUAUAUUUUUGAUUUAUGUCAAUCGUGGAAUUGUUAUCGUCCUAUUUCUCCUGUUUCUUAUUAUGUAUUUAUUUUGUUUAAUCAAAGACUUAUUCACCCAACAGCAGCAACAACAACAACAGCAGCAGCAAUAUAACACUGAAAGACAUUCACAGCAGCAGCAAUAUCAACAACAAUUCCCACAACAGACACCGUAUCAAAAUCAGCAAACAUGGACCUAUGUUGGACAACAACAACAACAGGCUAAUCCGCAAUUAAUUGCCAUCCCACUAAACCCUGAAGCUUUAGCAACGGGAGAAAUUGACAAAAGCAGACAAGCUGCUAUAAUGCCUCCACCCGCAAAAAGACCAUACGUUUGGGACCAGGAUGAUUCCUCACCCCAAGAUUGAAAUCUUUACUUCUAUAGUACUGUUGUGUAAAAGUAGGUUAUAGUUUAUUUCGAUACACGAUGUGUGAAGUAGAAAACGAACAUUUUGUGUUUUCUUCGGAAAAGAAUCUGUGUUUAGCCAAUUUCAUAAUGUAGAAUUUAUAGAUGAAAAUGAUGUACACUACA